AUGUUUGAGGAAAAAGUGUCCCAAAACCUCCAUAUUAUGAGUCCCCCUCCCCAUUAUCUAACGAGCUUAAGCCAAAAAGAUUUGGGAAUUUACGAAAUAGGCGGAAUACCGUUCGGUAUACUGGCUAUCAAACGUUUUUUGCCCUUAGACAAAAAGGGGAGAACCGACGCCCUUCGACCAUUGAUGUUAGUCCUUACUUUUGUCUGCUACGCCCUAUUUUGUGCCGCCCGGAGGCCCAUCACCGUUGUACAGCUGAAGAUCUUGAAGGAGUGCAACGCUUCCAUCUUCGAAAAUUCGAGCAUCCAUACCCCGUCUGGGAAUGAUACAUGGUGCAGAGGAACGGUAUUUCAAAAAGAUGCGCAAACCUUCAUGCAAGUGUUAGGCUCACUUUUUGUCGGGGCGUACGGAGUGUGCAUGUACGGAAGUGGCGUCAUAGCCGAUUACUUCAACCCCCGAUAUUACUUGACAUGGGGAACUUUGAUGGGGAGCUUCUUCAUGUUGGUCCUGGGUUUGGGAAACCUUUGGAAAAUCAACAGCAUUGAAUUUUUCAUUAUGGCAUUGAUUCUCUUCGGUGCAGCUCAGUCUACGGCCUGGCCAGUUGUGCUGUCUUCUGCCACUCACUGGUACGGCGGGAAAAGAAGCGGAUUCUUCUUUGCAUUGUGGAACACUCACUAUUAUGUUGGAAGCCUUUUAGGGAUACUACUAGCCGGCAUAAACGUGCAAGAGCGCUGGGGCUUUGCUUUCUUCUUUCCUGCUGUUCUCGUGGUUCUGAUGGGGGUCGUCAUUUUCCUCUUUUUUGUCGUCCAUCCAGCCGAUAUAGCAAACUUAGACCGGCAGGAUAUUUCUAAAGAACAAGAAGAAGAGACUGAACUUCCACCUUGGUUGGACACUAAGCGUGCCAUUGAAUUCUACGAGGCUUUCAAAGUUCCGGGAGUGCUGGAGUUCAGCGGCUGCAUGUUCUUCUCUCGGAUGAUCAGUUACUUCUUCCUGUUUUGGCGACCUGCAUUUCUACUCGAGUUUGGGGUGAAAACUCUGGCUGAGACGGCCCUCUACUCCCUACCUUACAUCAUUGGAGGCAUCUUCGGAGGUUUGACAAUUGGGAUCCUCAAAGACAUUUUCCAAAAGAACGCUUUAAUUUGCAUCUCGUUUCUCUUGCUCUCCAUCCCCUUUAUUGCUAUCCAAGUGAUGCUUCAGUUUCAGGCGAACACCUUAGCACUUGACAUCUUUCUACAAUUGAUCGUCGGUCUGUUGGUGGAGGCUCCGUACAUCUUACUCAGCACAUCUAUCUCAGUCGACCUGGGAACCCACAGCAUCAUGAGGAGGGGUCACAGGGGCCUGGCGACCAUCGCGGCUAUCAUCGAAGGCACUGGGGCAGUGGGAGCGACAGUGGGGCCUCUCGUCAUUGUGGAGCUGGCUGACAAGAAAAAUUGGAUAAACACUGUGAUAAUAAUGACUGCGAUGGAAGUCCUGGCGGCUCUGUGCCUGGCUCGAAUCGCUUACAAAGACUAUCAGGCUGCCUCGAUGAAAAUGUCUUUAGGAGAUUACUGGUUUAGUGGUGUAAGAGAAUUUCCAGGAUGA